UGCGGAAUGCGCAAGAUGGGUAUGGUCCAUGGAUUGAAUAUUUAUACGGUUGAGUCCUGACUCGCAAUAAUGUUACAUCAGAGACUUUGCAAGCGCCUUCUUCCGUGGCGAUCAAUGUGCUUGAAGCAGCAAAACUCGUGAUCGUGGCGGCCUGCAGGUGUGUGCUGCUGUCAGUUGUGCUGCUGCAUUGUAGAUGCGAUAAGCAGCCCUGAGCGCCUCCUUUGGGAGCGUCAAUUGCAUCCAGCAUAACGCAUUUUAAAGCGUUAACAGGCGGCACGGGGUAGGAAAGAGAAGCGCAAGCCCUUAAGAGGAUGAAGCGGGCAAGAGGCUCCGCCCGUGGUCUACAUUAACACAGGGUGUCCAGGACGCGCAGGGCUGCCUAGAUGGCGCACUGAUUGAUGCAGGGACAUUGAAAGUGGAUGUCACUGUCAAUGUGAGCAAUAGUUGCUUCCUGACAGCCUGAAUCAGUGCUUCUGCAAGGGUUUGCAAACACAGAAGGUCAACAGGCACUGAAAAGCAGUGUUGCAGUCGGAGUUCAGCCCUUAUACAAUGCUGAGAUGGUUGGAAAACAGGAUGGUCGGUGGGGCAGCACCUUGAUCACGAGAACCAGGCGCAAUAAGAAGGCAAGCGAGUGGCACCAAGUUGGGGACCACCACACCAACCAAGUCAGAGGAUUAGCAAUCUGUUGAAUGAAUGUCACUUGAAGAUCCCUGCAUAGUUGAAGGAGUGGGAAACAGCCAACAAGCUUAAGUCCCCAGCCGGGUCCGCUUUUCUAAGCUUGGCACGGUGGCACCUCUCCCCAGCAACGCCUACUACUGGUCGCUACUGCUGCUGACGGACGGGGAUGCAAAAUAAAGCAUGUCAGGCAGCGACUUAAGAGCAGAGGCAGUACUGGCGCCAGCAAUGGGGUGUGCAGCUUCCAUCCCAGUUGUGCCAUACAAUAUGCAGGAUGGACUUUUCGGCCAAAGUGCAAAGCUGAGGGCGGGGCAAGAUUUGACCAAUGAUCUGCUUGACCAGCCUCGGUCGGCAGGAGUGGAAGGGAAAGCCAAGAGGCCAAACACGAUGGACCCUUCAUUGCUUCAAGCUGAUGGGGCCGCUGACAAAGUGUCCAGACAGGGAAGCUGCAGCUCUCUGAUGCCCCUCCUACAGAGUCCAAAGAAGCCGCUCGUGCACCAAGCAGAGCUUGCAAAUCCACUCCCCCGAGGCCCCACACUGGAAAACAAUUCUCAGAACCACUUCAGCUUGCAACAACCACGGGAGCAGGACUCCUCAGGGUGUGUUCCGAUGCAAGAAGCGGAGUCAACUGCGGAGUUGCUUCCAGGGUUACAAACGCGGGAUCCCAGAGAUGGGAUCAACGACGCAGUCUAUCCGGACAAUCUAUACCCGCUGCGGCCAGGGCCUGACGCACCCUUCAGCCCUAAGGGAGCUCCCAUCCCCAAUGAUGAAGCCUUCCGGCUGAGCGUUCUACACAGCUACAACAUCCUUGAUACAGCUCCAGAGGCCAGGUUCGACCGCCUCACUGCCUUGGCAUCCAUGAUUUUCAAGACGCCUGUGGCGCUGGUGUCGCUGGUGGACUCGGAGCGGCAGUGGUUCAAGUCGGACCACGGGCUCGGCUGCUGUGCGACGUCGCGGGAGGACUCCUUCUGCGCCUUCACGCUCCUCCCCUCGCGAGACCCUUGCCUCAUUGUCAGAGAUGCAACCAAGGACAACCGGUUCAGCAAGAACAACCUGGUGAUCGGACCACCGCACAUUCGCUUCUAUGCGGGCGCUCCCCUCGUCACGCAAGGCAGUUACAUUCUUGGAUCACUGUGCGUUAUCGACUUCAAACCGCGGGAGUUCACAGAUCAAGACAGGGAUCUGCUCAUCUCACUGGCUCAGCUGGUCGUUAUGGAGAUCGAGAAGCACACAAAAGCGCUCGAGCUGCAGCGCCUCCAAGCGGAGCGCUUCGAGGAGGACAAAAAGGGACUUCUGCAAGCCAUCGACGCGUUCAGCGAGGGCCUGGUCCUGUGGGACGCAUCAGAGGCGGCGCAGCCGAUCGUGUUUGUGAACGAGGGGUGGGAAGCGAUCACCGGGUAUAAGAUUGACGAAGUCAUUGGGCUGUCCAACAGCAGUCUGCUCAUGGGACCGUUGACGGAGCAGUGCAUGUCGGAUCAACUAGACCGAGCGUGCAACGAGGCGACGGAGUGUUCCGUGGAGGUGCUGCAUUACCGGAAGGACGGGACGCCCUUCUGGAACUGGAUGCGGAUACGGCCCGUGGAGUCCAAGAGCGAGAUGUUUGGCGGUGGAAACGGCGCAAAUCACCGAUACUUUUUCGGCGUACUGUCCGACUGUACGGUCCGCAAAGAGAAGGAGCUGGAACUAGAGCGGCGGCGGCUCAAGGAAGUGGAGGCGGAGGCGACCAUCCGAGCGAAGCGGUCCUUCGUCACCAACGUCAGCCACGAGAUCAGAACGCCCAUGAACGCUAUCAUUGCCUGCAGUCAACUGUUACAGGACUCAAGCGAUCUGAACGAGUCGCAACGGGAGCUCGCCCAAAUGAUCAACGGGUCGGGCCGGCAGCUCUUGUCGCUCAUCAACGAUAUCCUGGACUACAGCAAACUGGACGCGCGCAAGAUGGACCUGUCCCCGCGCGAGUUUAACCUGUGGGGAUGCAUCGACUUCUGCAUGGAGAUGCUGGUGCUCAAGUGCGAAAACAAGGGGCUGGACCUUUCCUACUCCCUGGACGAGAGCGUGCCAGACUGGAUUUGGGCCGACGAGGUCCGAGUGCGCCAAGUCAUCACCAAUCUCCUCAGUAAUGCCGCGAAGUUCACCGAGGAGGGGGGACAGAUCGAGGUCACCGUGAGCGCGCGUGCCGGGCGGCGGCGAGCAGUUUCAAAUGGGGGUUUCACUGGAGCAGGGGAGCCACCCCCCCACGCGGGGCACGCGCUUCCGGUGCACGAGAUCACGGUGUCGGUGCGGGAUACAGGGGUGGGGAUCCCGAAGGCGUUCCAGAAUGUGCUCUUCGAGGCGUUUACGCAGUGUGACAAUACGCGGACGAGGAAGUAUGAAGGCACCGGUCUGGGCCUGGCCAUCAGCAAGGAGUUGGUCGAACGAAUGGGCGGCCGCAUGUGGGUCGACUCCACGGAAGGCGUCGGCAGCACGUUCUUCUUCAGCAUCCACGUGCACGGCUCGCUCAUCGAGACCAACGGCGAGCCGCAUCUAGUUGCCGGGAGCGCGGCCGGCCGCGCCGCGACGCCGCUCACGGGCAAGCGCGCGCUGCUCGUGGGCGCGAGCAAGGCGUUCAAGCGCAUGGCUGGCUCAAUGCUCCACUCCUGGGGUGUUGAAGUCGAGGUAGUAGAGACCCCCUCACAACUGCGCAAGAAGGUGGGCUGGUUUUCCGGGGGCGCGCUCCGGCAGAGCAGCGAGGCCUGGGCUGAGAACAGCGAGCUGACAGCGAGUGACGUCACCUACUUGGUCGAAGUGACGGAAGCGGCAGCGACCGAGGGCCUCUCGGCGCCGGUGGCGCCGCACCGGACGUCCGUCGACGGGAUCGCCCGCCUUUCCGGCGACGGAAUGAGUUCCGCCCUCGGAACCCGGCUGGAACCGCUCUCGCGGGCGUUUUCGCUGCCGAGCCCUGUGCCGGCGCGGCGCGCGUACGACGUCGUCAUCGUGGACACGCCAAUGACGUCGUCCCACGGGGAGGAUGACGUCAUGGCGCACGAGCGAGCCAUCGAGCUGAUGCAGCUGGGGUGCGCGUGCGGGGAGCGCGUCCCGACGGUGCUGCUCAUGGCCAAGCACAGCACCGGCCAGAUCACGUUUGACUCCAAAAUGCUGGAGCGCGUAACCCUGCUCUCCCGCCCCGUGCGCAUCAACCCCUUCUACGCGGCGCUCCUCAAGCUGCUUGUGCGCGAGUCGCCCAUCUCCCCAAUUACCGCCAACAACGUCCACCGCACACGAGUCACCGCCGAGGAUCUUCCGCGCGACACGUCGCUGCGCAUCUGCAUCGCGGAGGACAACAUCAUCAACCAGCGCGUGCUGCUGAAACUGCUCAAGUCGAUGGGUUACGCGGGCGUCCGAACCGCGGUUAACGGCGUCCGGUUACUGAAGCUGCUGGAAGAGUCGCCGGCGGAUCUGGUGCUGAUGGAUCUGCAGAUGCCGGAGAUGGACGGGCUCGAGGCGACGCGCCAGAUCAGGUCCGUGUACGGCGAGGCCGAGCGACCCAUCGUCGUGGCGCUGACUGCUGACGUGGGCCCGGGCAUCGAGCAGGAGUGCCGGGACGCGGGAAUGGUUUCGUACCUGUCGAAACCCAUCCAAAAGGAGGAACUGGAGCGCCUGUUCGCGAAGUGCCUCCACCUGAAAGGCCACCCACAGGAGCGGAUGGCGCUCAAAUGGCUGUCGUAG